CGCAACCCAAACGCUGCUAUCGCCGUUAGUCCCCCGAGAUAAUCGACGAAGGCACCACCUCCACCACCACCACCACCACCUCGCCUCGAGAAGUUUCCAUUAGGCUCCUCGUCUAGGGUUUGGUCUCGUGGACUUCUCCCUGCGGCAGGCGAUCGCAAUGGAGGGCGGCGGCGCGGAACCAGCACCCGUGGCGGCGGCGGCGGCCGAGGUGAAAAACCCGAGGUGCUUCAUGGACAUCACCAUCGGCGGCGAGAUGGAGGGGAGGAUCGUAAUAGAGCUCUACGCAUCCGUGGUGCCCCGGACGGCGGAGAACUUCCGCGCGCUCUGCACCGGGGAGAAGGGCGUCGGCGCCGCCAGCGGCAAGCCGCUUCACUUUAAGGGCUCAUGCUUCCAUCGUGUUAUUAAAGGGUUUAUGGUUCAAGGUGGAGAUAUAACUGCUGGUGAUGGUACAGGAGGAGAGUCAAUUUAUGGGUCCAAAUUUGAGGACGAGAAUUUUAUUUUAAAGCAUGAGAGGAAAGGAAUGCUUUCAAUGGCUAAUUCUGGUCCCGACACAAAUGGUUCUCAGUUUUUCAUCACUACCACGCGGACACCUCAUUUAGAUGGGAAACAUGUUGUUUUUGGGAGAGUGAUAAAGGGAAUGGGGGUAGUUCGCUCUAUUGAGCAUGUCCCUGUUGGAGAAGCUGACUGCCCCACUCUUGAUGUGAAAAUUGUUGAUUGUGGGGAACUCCCUGAAGGUGCUGAUGAUGGAGUUGUGAACUUUUUCAAAGAUGGAGACAAAUAUCCGGAUUGGCCCAAUGAUCUUGAAGAGAAGCCUGCAGAGGUUUCAUGGUGGAUGGAUGCAGUGGAGUCAGCUAAAGCUUAUGGGAAUGAGAAUUUCAAGAAACAGGACUAUAAGGCGGCUCUCAGAAAGUACAGGAAAGCUCUGCGCUACUUGGAUGUUUGCUGGGAGAAAGAAGAGAUAGAUGAAGAGAAGAGCACAGCACUGCGGAAGACCAAGUCAAUAAUACUCACUAAUAGCUCUGCAUGCAAAUUAAAGUUGGGAGAUUUGAAGGGUGCUUUGUUGGAUGCGGAUUUUGCACUGCGUGAAAGGGAGGGAAAUGCUAAGGCUUUUUUCCGACAAGGACAGGCACACAUUGCACUUAAUGACAUUGAUGCUGCAGUGGAGAGCUUCAAGCACGCACUGGAGUUGGAGCCAAAUGAUGGUGGAAUCAAAAGAGAGCUGGCAGCUGCAAAGAAGAAGAUUGCUGACAGAAGAAAUCAGGAGCGGAAGGCAUUUGCUAGGAUGUUCCAACCUUCUGGAAAAUCUGAUAAGAGCAGCGAAGAGAACAAUUAAUCUACAGCUUCUUUCCCCCGGCAGAAACUUUGGUUAGCUAAAUCUGGGACACAUACCGGAACAGGAGUAACAAGGGAAUCUGUGCUGCAAAAUUCAGAUUCCCUAUCUUAGAUAGAAGGAAACAUAGUGGGGGGAUGGAAAGCUUUUGUUUUCUUUUACUACAGAAGUAGCAAUUCGUGCGUGUCCCAGUAUUGUUCUUCAGGAAAUCUAGGACAUUGAACAUUGAACUUAACAGUGCAAUUUUUCAGACGUUGCAGCAGGUCAUGCCGAUAGACCGUUCCAUUUUGUGUGGACUGGGGACCGUUGUCGCCAACCCGACGAUUCA